AUGAACACCAGUGCUCUAUCAAAUAAAGGUACUCUGACAAAAAGUGCUAUUGGUAAAAUCGAAGCAAAAAAAGAGACACACUCGAGCAAAGCUCAAAAAAAAACAGCUACACCAACCUUCACCAAUAUCGUAAAUAUUGAAAUCAGCUCCACUGUCAAAAAGACAUCCGACAAUGAAACCAAUGUCCCAGUAAAAAAAGGUAGGUGUUAA